AGCCAUCAGUUUUGAAAGUCGUGCCUACUCAGUCACUUUCUGAUUGUCUUGGGUGUAUGAAUUUAAUGAAUGCUGCCAUAUUAAUUUGAGUCCUCUUGUUCUAUAAAUGGGCCAGCCAACAGUGAUAUUCUGCAGAAUAACUACAUGACUGAGAUGAAUCGAAUAAACACAUGCCGUAAUCAAUUCUGUUAUUAUUUACUUACCGUCACCGACACUAAUUUUGGUUUCCGAGUACUCCAGGUCAAGUUUGCCUGUUAUAAUUUCAAAAUUAUAAAAAACUAUAAUAAUUUAGACUUUGAUAUAUUCUGUUGUCUCGAAGAUAUAUUGACACAUUUCAUGAUUACGUAUACGCGAUGCUGGUAUGGGUUUAUAAUAUGUCUUUCAAAAAAUAAUCAUCCAAAUAUAUUAAAAGAAAUUCAAUGAGCAUUCUAUUGCGCAAGGUAUGUUUAUACCAGAUGCACUAAGAAGCUGUAUGAUCGAGACGGACGUAUCCUCAUAUUUACAAACAUCUUCAACAGGACAGGUGUAAAAUUGCUCUGGAAAUACAUAUAGGAAAAGAAACGCUAUGCUAUCGAAUACUAUUUUUCAACAUUACUAAAUAAUAAUUUAAAUGUAAUUAAAAUUUUUAAAUACAUUCUUCCAUACUUGAAGGCAUAUCCUCAAUUUUUGAUGUCUUUAUGUUACAACGGAUUUUUUAUGUAAAUGUAUUUGACUUUGUUGUUUAUAUAUUGGCAUAUAAAUAAAUGUUAAGUGUAUGCAUCGUGGCAUCCUUCUAUUUUAAUUAUAUUUUUAUUUCGUAUACCUAAAUGUCUAUUAGCAUUAUAUUUGUGAAAAUGCAUAUAUUUUAUCUUCCUGUGUGUUAUUCUUACAUAAAAACAACCUAUUUCUAUAAAUACUCAAAGACCAGACCAGCCCAAAAACGUAAAUAAAAACUUUAAGUAAAUUCACUAUGCUUUUAGCAUGUGUAUAGUUAAUCAAUAUUAUAUGAGGAAAUCACAAAAAAAUAUGAAAAUGCUUUUGUUGUCCAACAAAUUUAGACUUUUUUAUUUAGCUCAUAAAAAUCAUAUUUUGGCAGGUAGCAGUACUUAGUCAAAACUAAUUUUAAUUUGGUAAUUUGCCUCAAAAACAAUAUUCUUACCAUAACUUGAAUAUCGUGACAAAUCAAGCUUCUUUACAUAGGGACCAAAUAAAAAAAAAAAAAAAAAAAAUGACAGAUUUUUACAUUCCCCUCUUUUUUAAAUGCAUGUGUGUCAAUGAUUUAUGUGUAUCUUUUUUGUGUACUUAGGAUGAAUUUCACCCCUUUAUUGAGGCAUUAUUACCAUACGUCAAAUCAUUCUCGUACUCUUGGUUUAACUUGCAAGCUGCUAAGCGAAAGUAUUAUAAAAAACAUGAAAAGCGAAUGUCAUUAGAAGAAGAAAGGCAUUGUAAGGAUGAGUUACAGAAUGAAAAAAUUGAAGUAAAACAGAAAUGGGCUUCUCGACUUUUAGGCAAACUGAGAAAGGAUAUAACACAAGAAAGUCGUGAGGAUUUUGUUCAAUCAAUUAUCGGCAAACGAAAAUCGAUUUGUGUUCUCUCGAAUCCCGAUCAAAAAGGCAAAAUGCGGCGUAUCGAUUGCUUGAGACAAGCUGAUAAAGUCUGGCGACUUGAUCUUGUUAUGGUAAUACUUUUUAAAGCUAUACCAUUGGAGAGUACUGAUGGAGAACGAUUAGAAAAAAAUCCAGAAUGUCUUCAUCCUGGCCUUUGUGUAAAUCCUUACCACAUAAACGUGUCUGUGAGAGAAUUAGAUUUAUAUUUGGCUAAUUUUAUCAAUACGCAUAACUCAUCGGCAAUAACAGCUAGAUCGCCACACAUUACGAAUUUUAAUCAGAAUCAGAAUCGAAGCAACAAUAGCAAUUCACUAAUUUCUGAUAGAGAGGAUGAGAAUGGGGAAGAUACAGAAUCAAAAACUAGAGGAGGAUUACGACAUAAUCCAUACAAUGGAGUUGUGUGCAAUGAUAUUAUUCUAGCAACUGGAGUAUUUUCAUCUCAAGAGCUGUGGAAAUUAUCUAAAGACUCAAUAUUAGAUGAAAUCAGUAACAACAAUUUGCACACCAAUAUUAUCAAAAGGGAAAAUAUAGCAGCGGCUUUUGACUGCAAUACAUAUCAACUUACUCCAAAUUCCCCAAUAGCCAGUUCUCAGAGCCAAGUUCAGGCUAAUUCCGCCACCACAACCGCAAUUCCAGGGGCUUACAGCAUUGACUUUGUCGAUCAAAAUCAUAGAAAUGUGCAUUUGUCGCAGUCGCCUUUGUUGCGGUCUGAUGCACCUAAUGGAGGAUCCACUGAUGUAAUCAAUAAGAUCAAUCACGCUGCGUCACCCCCAGUUAUUUCUCGAUCUAGCUCAGCUACGGAUAACUAUACAACGGGAAGCUUCUCUGUAAUACUUCGAUCGGCUGACAGCAUUAAUUCCAUUGCUGAUCCAGCUACUGUUACAGCUGAUUCUGCCGCUAUUUCGGUGCAUCGAUACACACCUGUGAAUAAACCUCCAAAUGCAGCCGUGAAUUCACAAAUUCGAACACCAGAAGUGAAUACAGCAAUUUUGCAUCAUAACUGCACAGCACUGAUUGCCAGCUCUGUUAGCCCAGUGAAUACCCUAUAUUAUCCACAACAUAGCAGCCCUCGGGUGUUGGCUCCCACACAUACAUCAAGUUUGGAUCAGGAGCAGGGUCAAUCUCAGUCCCAAUCGCAGCAGCAACAUGGUGAAAAGUUCUCAACUGAAGUUCAUGAUAUUUCUGAUUUUGUAACAUACGUUUGUCAAGAAAGUGGACAUGCAUCAAGUAUUCAAUCGACAUCUGGUUCAGUAGAGGCUUUUUCGCAUGCUCACUCCCACUCGCAUCAACUAGCUGCUCAUUCCCCUCACUAUCAAAUUCAUCAACAGCUGAGAAGCUCUAAAUUGACUGGCGUUGGCGUUGGCGUUCAAUCACCUCAUUAUCACAGUGCAAUGCUGCCUCCGAUGUUGCCUCCGAUGGCACGGCCAGUGGCCAUCAUACGAACUAGUGGGGAUUUAGCAACGUUACAAUCACCUCCAUCGUCAUCCAGCUUAGGAUUAACUAAUGGUUGUGACCUACCAGCCAAAGGAAAUCUAAUCGAUCAGGAUAGAAGAAAUGUGAGUGCAAUGGAGAGCAAUAAUCAUAGUCCAAAUAACGCUGAUGUGGAUCCAAAUGCUGCUGAUUGCACAACCCUUGUUACACGAGCAUCGCCCCAGCCUCAAUCUCCUGCAAGUCCUCAUGUGUCUACAGAAGUGACACGAUGUAAAAUGCAUCCAAUUGCAUCAAACUCACUAACUCGAAUGGCAACGCAAAUGUAUCCGUCAACGAACAGUCGGGAUUACUUUAAUCAUUUUCAUAGUCAAUCAACUUCGCUACUGGGUUAUGCUGGAUCAAUUUCAACAAUGUCAGGUGUUAUAAGUCCAACUAAUUUGAGUCUAUACUCAACACCGGCAAUGACUGUGACUUCUGCACACCGUCCAAAUGGAAGACCGCGCUGGAACACUACACUAACUGAAGAUGAUUUCAAUAUUAUUUCCCACUCCGUGGUCAAUACAAAUGCAGAAAAUGCUCAGGUUAUAUUAAUGGAUGAUUCCACAGGACGUUUUUCCGAUGACUACUCAGCGAAUCCGAAUCGUGAUUUUGUAUCAUGAAUCAAUAGGGAUAUAAUAAUAUAAUGUGGAAAAGGUUUGGGUUUCCAUUUAUUGUAUACUGAUAACAUUGCGAAUUCAGCUUAUUUAAUAAGAAUAUUGUAUAAGUUUGCAUAGUUUCCAAAUCGCUUUACGGAAUUAUAACUCCGCACAGUCGUGAGUAAUUUUGUGUUCCCUUGCUUUUUUGUUCUAUAGAUGUAUUUUCCAUAAGAAUAUCUGAUAGUGCAAAUACUUAGAAUUGUAAAUAUGGGUUGUAUAAUUUAUCAUUGGUCAGAUAAUAUGCAUACCCAUAAGAUCUUAAUAUAUUUCUUUAUCUUAAGUAUCUAAAGUAAAUGUGUAUAUUUAUAAACAUGUCAUCCAUGUUUGUAUAUUUCCACAUUUUCAUUUUAUUCAGUACCGAAUUAAAUUCAUAUAAUGAAUGAAUUCAUGUAAUAUAUGACUGAUAGGGCCUAACUCAUAACAAAUAUAUUCUAAAAUUUUAAAUUUAAUUUUAUUUUAACUGUAACAUACGUUGGACUUAGAUUUUCCCAUUUAAAUGGGAUUUCAAUUGAGUUAGUUUUGAGGUUAUCUAAAAUACGAUCCUCUUCAUUGACAAAACUAGUUUCUUAUAAAUACAUAAUUAAAUAUUUACAGACAAUAGUCAUAUUACAAUA